UGUGUGCGAGAGCGCGGAGCGAAGCGCGGGCCGCGUCCAGCCUGCAGCGCCCGGGGCCGGAGCGGGACCGACCCCAGCGCCCGGGACCGCCCCGCCCCCCGGGGCCCCUCGGCCGGGACCGACCCCCGCCCAGCGCAGCCCCCUGCAGCCGGCGCCCCGCGGCCGGCGGGGGAGGAUGGAAACACCCUUCUACCAUGACGAUGUGUUGAGCGGCUUCGGCAGCGGCUCGGCCCCGUCCCGCGGCAGCAGCAGCGGCCUCCCCCGGCCCUUCCCCGGCGGCAGCAUGAUGAAGAAGGACGGGCUCGGGCUCAGCGACCAGGUGGUGGCCGCCCUGAAGGCGCCCGGGCAGCCGCUCCACCCGCUGCGGGGCGCGGCCGGCGGCGGGGGCGAGGGCCCGGCCCUGCUGAGCUCGGCCGAGCUGGGGCUGCUGAAGCUGGGCUCGCCCGAGCUCGAGCGGCUCAUCAUCCAGUCCAACGGGCUGGUGACCACCACGCCGACCAGCAGCCAGUUCCUCUACCCCAAGGUGACGGCCAGCGAGGAGCAGGAGUUCGCCGAGGGCUUCGUCAAGGCGCUGGAGGACCUGCACAAGCAGAACCAGCUGGGGGCGGGCGGCGGCGCCCCGCCCGGGGACCUGCCCCCCGCCGCCAGCCUGGCCCAGCCGCCGCCGCCGCCCCCCGAGCCGCCGGUCUACGCCAACCUGAGCAGCUACCCCGGCACGACGGUGAACUACGCCACCGAGACCGUGCCCUACCCGCCGCCGCCCGGGCUGGGGGGCGCCCCGCCGCACCCGCGCCUCCAGCCGCCGCCGCCGCUCAAGGACGAGCCGCAGAUCGUGCCCGAGGUGCCCAGCUUCGGCGAGAGCCCGCCGCUGUCGCCCAUCGACAUGGACACGCAGGAGCGCAUCAAGGCGGAGCGCAAGCGGCUGCGGAACCGCAUCGCCGCCUCCAAGUGCCGCAAGAGGAAGCUGGAGCGCAUCUCGCGGCUGGAGGAGAAGGUGAAGAGUCUCAAAAGCCAGAACACGGAGCUGGCCUCCACCGCCAGCCUGCUGCGCGAGCAGGUGGCGCAGCUCAAGCAGAAGGUGCUGAGCCACGUCAACAGCGGCUGCCAGCUCCUGCCGCAGCAACACCAGGUGCCGGCCUACUGAGCGCCCGGCCGGGGCGGGGACGCUGCGUGCGCCCCGGCGCGGCGCCGGACAGGCCCGGGGGCGCGGCGCCGGACAGGCCCGGGGGCGCUCCGCGGGGCGCCGCAGGACUCAGGAGCGGCCCUGCUCCGUCAGCCGGGACCCAUCUCUCCGAGCGAGCGCUGCGGCGCGGACUCCUGCCCUCGCCAGGGCCCGGACAAGCUCGGCCCCCCGGGCUCCGAGCGCACGGAUCAAGAGACUGCAGAGCUCUCCAGGCUCCGCCUCGGCAGAGCCGGGCCUGGGGCGGCCCCAGGCGAUAAGCUCAAGUGUUCUGUCGUUUGAAGUGUUUUUGCUCUAUUUAUGUUUAUACUGGGCCCAAUGUUCCUCCCCCUUGUUCGAGGCGCCACAUUCCAGUGUGCAGUAAAGUCUUGUGCCAGGAA